AUGCAAAUUCACUUGACUGAACCAGCUGGUGAUAUUCUGGUCUUUUUAACCGGUCAGGAAGAAAUUGAUACUGCUUGUCAAAUUCUCUAUGAACGUAUGAAAGCAUUGGGAAGUGAUGUUCCAGAACUUGUCAUUUUACCAAUUUAUGCUGCCCUACCAUCAGAAAUGCAAUCCAAAAUCUUUGACCCUGCACCACCUGGUGGCAGAAAGGUUGUUAUUGCUACAAAUAUUGCUGAAACUUCCAUUACCAUUGAUGGUAUUUUGUAUGUGGUAGAUCCUGGUUUUGUAAAACAAAAUAUUUACAAUUCCAAAACUGGUAUGGAUCAAUUGACAGUUGUCCCAAUCUCUCAGGCAGCCGCUCGUCAAAGAGCUGGUAGAGCUGGUCGUACUGGACCAGGUAAAUGCUAUCGUUUAUAUACUGAAGAAGCAUACAAAAAUGAAAUGUUGCCAAAUACUGUUCCUGAAAUUCAAAGAACCAACUUGGCAAAUACUGUAUUGACUUUGAAGGCUAUGGGUAUUAAUGACUUGUUGAACUUUGAUUUUAUGGAUCCACCACCACCUCAAGCACUUAUUGCUGCUAUGGAGCAAUUGUACAGUCUAGGAGCUCUUGACGAUGAUGGUCUAUUAACUAAAAUGGGAAGAAAGAUGGCAGAAUUUCCUCUCGAACCACAAAUGGCAAAAACCCUUAUUGCCUCUGUAGAUUUGAAAUGUUCUGAUGAGGUUUUAACAAUUGUUUCCAUGAUUUCAGUACAAGGAAUUUUCUAUAGACCAAAAGAGAAGCAACAACAAGCUGAUCAGAAAAAGUCAAGAUUUUUCCAACCUGAAGGAGAUCACUUGACACUUCUUGCAGUUUAUCAAUCAUGGGAAAGAAGUAAUUUUUCUGUUCCUUGGUGUUUUGAAAACUUUAUCCAAUCCAGAUCAAUGAAAAGAGCUCAGGAUAUUCGAAAACAAUUAUUAACAAUUAUGGACAGAUAUAAAUUGCCAGUCAUUACAUGUGGAAAGAACUUUACCAAGAUUAGAAAGGCUAUUGCCAGUGGAUUUUUUGCCCAUGCAGCCAAGAAAGAUCCACAAGAAGGAUACAAGACACUUGUUGAAAACCAACCUGUAUAUGUGCAUCCAGGAAGUGCUCUAUUCCACAAGAAUCCUGAAUGGGUUGUUUACCAUACCUUACUAUUGACAACUAAGGAGUAUAUGCGUGAUAUUAUUACCAUUGAACCAAAGUGGUUGGUUGAAUUGGCUCCAAACUUUUACCGAGUUCACGAUGAUGCUUACCUUUCUAAGAGAAAGAGACAAGAAAAAAUUGAACCACUUUAUAACAAGUACGGCGAUGAUCCUCUCCAAUUACUAAAGCGAACAAAGAGAUAA